GAAACAGUCCGCCGGAAGGGGAGGGACCACGCUCUGGAAAGUCCCGUGCGCCUCUCUCACGUCAGUAGAGGGCGGAAGCGCAGACUCCAGGAUGCGGUUCCUGGUGGCGUUGCUCCUGCUGAGUGUCUCGGUGGCGAGAGCUCUGCCGUCCGUCCCUAAUCCAGACACCCCAUCAGGUGAAGAGAGUUCUACGAUUCAGCCUUCCAAAGAUAACGGCUCCAAAGAGUUCUCCAAGUCCCUGCCUCCUGAGUCUUCUAACCAGGAAAAGACUACGGAUCAGAGCCAAAAGUCGGAUAAAAAAGGCCAGAACAAGACGACUCCGACAGCAGGUUCCAGUAAGGAAUCUAGUCAGCCGACCGUUGCGACCAAUGUCAAUGUGGGUGAUUCCAGAAGGCAGCCCCAGACAGCAGGUGCCAAGUUGAACGAAACUGCACAGGAGCUCUCACCAGUCGACCUCAAACAGGAAAAGUCUGGUCAGAGUUCCACAAAAGAUUCAGGCAAGCCCACUGAAGAUGACUCUCAUAAGCCCACAGGGGGCGAUUCAGGCAAGCCCACAGAAGUUGGUUCAAAGAAGCCCACAAAAAAUGAUUCAGGGAAGCCCACAGAAGUUGGUUCGAAGAAGCCCACAGGGGAUGAUUUAGGGAAGCCCACAGAAACUGGUUUGAAGAAGCCUACAGGGGAUGAUUCAGGGAAGCCCACAGAAGUUGAUUCGAAGAAGCCCACAAAUGAUGAUUCUGACAAGCCCAUCUCCAAAAUCUCCUCAGAUACGGAGACUCUGAAGACUGACAAAGUCCAGCCAACAGAAAAAGGACAGAAACCAACACUUACUUCCAAAACUGAAUCUGGGGAAAAAUUGGCAGGGGACUCUGACUUCUCUUUAAAGCCAGAGAGAGGAGAUAAGUCUUCAGAACCUAUUGAAGAUGUGGAAACCAAGGAGAUUGAAGAGGGUGAUACAGAGCCGGAAGAAGGCUCACCUCUUGAAGAAGAGAAUGAAAAGGUGCUGGGCCCUUCCUCCAGUGAGAACCAAGAGGGGACACUUACAGAUUCUAUGAAGGAUGAGAAAGAUGACCUUUAUAAGGACAGUUCUGGAAACACCAGUGCAGAGAGCAGCCACUUCUUUGCAUAUCUGGUGACCGCUGCUGUUCUUGUUGCUGUCCUCUAUAUUGCUUACCACAACAAACGGAAGAUUAUUGCUUUUGCCCUGGAAGGGAAAAGAUCCAAAGUCACUCGGAGGCCAAAGGCCAGUGACUACCAACGUUUGAACCUAAAGCUUUGAUUUUUAUUUUAUCUGCAAGAACCUUGUCUUCCCUGCUGAUUUGUUUCUGAAUCAAGAGAAGUGAAAAGACUGUGACCUCCGCUGGGGUUUGGUGGCAAGUCUGGGCUGGCAGAGAUGGGAUUGCUUCAGGUUUUGCACCUGCACUUUGAUGACAUUGUCCUCUGGUGAUAUUUUAUUUACUUUUGUGUUCCCUUUAUGCUGAUGUGUUCCAUCAUCCUUUCUUCCUUAGAGUGCAAGUGGAAGGAGCGUGUAGAAACAUGGAUGUGACCAAAGGAAGACCCCCACCUUAGGCAGGCCACACGAUAGUCCACCCUCCCAUAGCCUCUUUAUCUUUGCAAUCCUAGGCACAAUCUAUAGAGAGGUGCUUUCCAGACAAGAUGUAGAAGAUGGUUAUAUGGGAUGCUGAGGGGUUGAAUAUUUAAUCUCUAGAGGCCUCAGCUGCAAACCAGAGUAGCAAGUUAAAGAGUGUUGAAGUCUGAUCCAUCUGAUAGUCUAUGUAUUUCUCUGAAAGUUUGCACUCUAGUUGUACUAGCAUAAAAGGGACUCGAGGUUUCUUAAAGUAAAGUCACUGUUUCAUGGGAUUUAAAAAAAAAAAUGUGGUGAUGAUCAUUGAACCAGUGUGUUCUUGCAUAUAGUCAUCCCAAUAGGAACUUCCUGGAAAGAGGCAGGUUAGUGCUUUGUGGAAGAAAACACAUAGGAUGGAUUUAGUAUGCAGGAAAGAGGUUUUCUACAAAUUCAGUUUUGCCUUUAUUGCCUGCAGUAGAUAGAUAUUUAGAAACUUACUGCAUUCUCCACACUCCUCCUUGCUGUUUAAGAUGCCCGGGGAAUGAGUAAAAUCUUUCCUAUCUUGUCAUAUCUGGUCAUGAAAGUGUAAGAAACCAAGUAGGUUCCCUGAGAUAACUGAAGAUGUCUUGGAUUAUGCUGUGUCUAGUUUUAUUCCAGUCUAUGUGGUUAUGCCUAAAGAGAGAAAAAGUCUCAGCUAAUCUCAGGGAUGUAGAAAGAAUAAAAAAGAGAAAUAUGUGAGUCCUGUGCUGUUGGAGAAAUCAGUCUAAAGAAAAACUGGUCUUGGAGUUCUUUCCCCAUGCUGACUGCUGCUGUAGUUGAAGUAGAAGUUUGUAUUCUUGGCAGGUGGCAUUCUAGAAAUAAGGCCAUUGCUACUAUUAACUCAACUGUCCACAAAGCUUCUAUUACUUCUUCAGCUUUCCUUAAUACCUCUUUAGUUCCCCACUUCCAUUUUUCUCUUCCUCUUUAGACCUGUUUGUACACCUCUGAAUGAACACCUUCCCUUACAGCCAGUAUGCAUGCCAUACCUAUCAUGUUCUAGUAGGUGUUGCUUCUGUUAUUACCUUCCCUCCUCUCCCUGACAUUUGCAGAUUUGCCUUGGUCUGUUUUCAUCCUGUUUCUCAAGGUUACUCAGUUAACAGAUCACCAAAUUCAACAGCUCAUUUUCACAGCUUGUAACACUUGGUAAUGAUGGAUGCUGGGGUCUAUGCAUUUUGACAUUAUGGUUGUCUCUUGCAAAUUGUCCUUAGCCUUAUCUUAUGGGAGUGGGGGAAGGGUGCCAAGUCUCUACUGCUUUGACUGUCUCCAUAAAUCCAUCCAUUCUUUAUCCUCUCUGUGACUCUUAUAUUUUCUUUGGCCUCCUUCCCAAGAACUCAGUUCUGCUAUAUGCUAAAUAACUCAGCCACAUUGUCUGGUUGUCACAUAACCAGAGUUUCUCUCUUAUACCUAUUACGUUCCUCUAUCCUUCAGUUUCUUUAAUCAUCUGAAAACUCCUCACUAUAAACUAAUAACAUUUUUAUUACCACAGAAGUCCAAUUUGUUUUCUCUUUUUUUAAGAAAUUAUAUCUAGGUAUACUAUCCAUUAAUUUUCAGGAACCAGGGGAAUUGACCUUACCAGUUUUGGAAACAUUGAUCAUUCCAGAAUGUACCCUGGUCUGAAGCUUCUGUCUGAAGUAGUAUUCUAGGCUACAGAUUCCUACUUGGCUUCACUGUCUGGCACUCUGUCUCUGCCCUCAUCAUGUCCUUUUUAUUCUAGCUUUUCAAGGUUGCUCUAUGGUAGGCUGUUCCCCUCCUUUCAGCCUACCCAGGUCCUGUGUUUGGAAUAUGCAUAGUGCUUCUUCCUACAUUGAACACACUUGAUUGGUUUUUUCCAUUUCACAUUGAUAGCUCUUACUGUCACCCUCAUCUUGGAACUUAAGUGUAACAUAGUUCUGAUGUUCUGUGGUCUCCCCCAAGAAAAUUAAGGUCUGAGAGACAGCCAUUGGCAUUGUUAUAUCAGCCAGGGACCUUAGGGGUCAAAUUUCUUGUUGGAGGUGUAGCUGAAACUGGGGCUCACAUAGCUCUUCCUGGCUACUGCUUGCAUUGACCUUAUCAUUGUUGACUUUUGCUCUAGAAGGGCAAGAAGGCAGGCUGACUUUUAGUAGCAAAGAUUGACAGUGAGUGGACAGACAUGUGAAGGAUUGCCAAUCUACAAAGCCUCACCCUCUUUGGGCUGCUGGCAGAUGUUUCUUGUGCUGACAGCAUACAGUGGAAUUUGUUUUCACUUGAGAAGUUGCACUGAAGGAAAUGGGUCCCACCAAAGAAAAGUUAUUUUUAGGACUUUUUUUGUUUGUUUGUUUUUUGAAGGUAGAAUACUUGAAGCAUAUUUCCUAGAGUGUGUGUGGAUGAUAAUGUCCAGCUGAGGUAUCUAUACCAGGGAUUGGGCUGGCAUGUAAGAACUAUAUGAAGCCUCAAGUAGCACUCCUGUAGACUUUUCUGAGCUUGCUUUCCUUCUCAGUGUUUGGCUAAAGGGCAAUUUCUUUUUUUUGAUUUUUUUUUUUGAGACAGGGUUUCUCUGUGUAUCCCUGGCUGCCCUGGAACUCACUCUGUAGACCAGGCUAGCCUUGAACUCAGGAAUCCGUCUGUCUCUGCCUCCCAAGUGCUGGGAUUAAAGGCGUGCAACACCACCAUCCGGCCAAAGGGCAAUUUCUUAAGGGGAACCUGCUUGAGGUAUAACUGUUAACAGUUUGUUUUCCUGCUAUGAAUUACAGAAGCCAGUUCCGGACAACAACUAACAAAAUGUGCUAACAUGUUUUCUCCUAGAAACAGAGGUCUGUACCCUUCAGAGUUCCCCUGGUAGUGAUGCUCUUUCUUUUUUCUUCAGGGCAUGGUAUGCUUUGCACAUAUCUUGAGCCAUUUGAAUGCAGAGAAGGGUGUGCCAGACCCUGUGCCAUAAUUUCUCAAAACUGCUUACUAGGAAGGUUCUGUUUGGCAUUGCCUUAAGAAAGCUGUAAAGAGUCAGGUGUGGUGAUGCACGCCUUUAACCCCAGCACUCAGGAGGCAGAGGCAGAAGGAUCUCUGUGAGUAUGAGGCCAGCCUGGUCUAGAAUACCAAGUUCAGGCAGCCAAAGUUAACACAGUGAUAGCUUGUGUCCCCUCCCCACCCCUACCCCCAAAAAAGGAAAGGAAGAAAAAGAAAAAAGCAGAAAGCUGUAAAGAGAUGUUGAAAUUUAAAUACAUCAUGAUGGCUCAGUUUGUUUAGUUCCAUGCUCAUGUGUGACUGUAAGUAUUUUAGCUUAGAAACUGUAGUUUGGAUCUCAGCCUGCAUAGCAUAGCCAACUACCCAUGAAGCUGGCCUCCUCACACUGUUAGGAAUUUAAUUCAACCUACCAUGUGUGUAAGUAAAUGAGUGAAUGUUGAAAUUAUUUUCCUUGUCUUGUUUCCCCGGUUAGAUUGCCACUGUUAGCCAUGUUUUGUAUUUUCACCUUUUUUGUAACUUAACUGUAAUGGCUUAAUUUUAUUUUUUUAAAGCUUAUUGUGGUAUAAUAAGUAUUUUUCAGUAUAUUUUACUGAGCUUCUGUAAAUGGAAUCAUAGCGUAGUUUCAUGUCAUUAUUGAAUAGAAAUCAAUAAAUUUCAGAUAUCAAAGCA